CCACCUCGAAGCUUCGCUCGAAUUUGACCAACACUAGUCAUCAGACUACAGUCAAUUCUCGAAUUCUCCUUCAUACUGGCGAGCUUCUUCUGGUCAAAGUCCUCUAAAGCAGAGGCAUCCGGCUCUCCACCAGACACGAUGACCCAGGCCUCACCUUCUCCCGGGCUUUCUCCGCAAUUCUGCUUCUCCACAGUCGCUUUAAGAGACUUUCUCCGGUUAUCUCGCGCUUCCAUUGACGACAGCAUAACCCAAAACUUAAAUGCGCUCGUCACACCCGCAGCGGCAGGCUUCGACCCAUCCUCUACUUCCACCCGCAGUUCCCGGCUUCCAAGUUUGCGGCAGAUAGCUCCGGGACCGUGUCGGAAUUUCAAGGAGCAGGUUCUAUUCCCCUCGUGGCAAGCGAGGUCUGAUGUCCUGAAUUACUGCGCUUCAGUAGCUACGAGUCCCGAUCCAGAUGAUCCCGAGUCGGUCUUACGACAGGUGGAGAGCGAGAAGGAUAGGGAAAGAGUUGUGGAUGAGAGGUUAGAUCCCUAUUCCGGGAGGUUCUUUCCAACGGAACCGAGGACGGAGAGGUUAGCCGCCAUCGUUAGACAAGAGAGGGGAGUGGAGAAUAUUAUAAGGGCAAGAAGUUGGGGUGUAGUAAAGGAAAGGUGUGGUGAGGACUGGAGGGAUUGGGACGAGGCUCUCAAUGAAUGGAGGAAGCGAAGGGAAAAGGGGCAAUAAGUUUUUGACAAGAUAAUUUGUCCACAAGCCACAUUGAUAUCAGUAAAGGAUAUCGUUGUGGGGGUUAUGGCUGGUCCUGAAGGGAUCACCCGAAUCAUUGCAUAUAGAAUACAAGAGUGAACUGUAGAAGUAGGACGGGCUAUGUCGGCAGGCAUCGAUUGUAAUAUCAUACGGCGAAUUGAAAAGGCCAGGUCUAAC